AUGGUGUCCUGUGGAUGGCAGGUCUGGUGGCUUGGGGUUUUUAGGAGUGGUGACCUAGGAUUAAUGGAGGAUGUUGCAGAUCAGGGAUGGCAACGCAUGACCAUCAGAGGCAUGGUACAGGAAUAUGAACUACUACUUCAAGUAGUCUAUCAACAUUCAGCUGAAAAAAGGGACUUACAGAAUUUUCUGGAGUCCCUGAAAUCACAAUAUUCCUGGCCAAAUGGGACAUUGGAAAUCAUCAGAAAGAAAGCUACUACAUAUUGUAGCAGCCUGAAUGGAAUCCUUCAAUGUGCUUGUGAAGACAGUUACCACUGGUUCUCUCACACUUGCCUGGACCCCAGGAAAUGCCAUUUUAACAAGUCAGGGGCACAUCCAAGCUGUGACUGUCAGUCAAACAAUCUCCAUGAUAGCAUCACCUUCUGUGAGAGGACAAAAAUUUUUGGCACUUUUAAAAUUAACAAGAAAUUUAGAAAAGAACUCCUGAAUUCAUCAUCUGAACUAUACUUUAACUACACAGCUGGCAUUGAAAUCCAACUUAAGGAAGCCUACAAAGGGGUUCCGGGUUUUGAUUCUGUCCGUGUCACCCAGUUUCGGGAAGGAAACAUAAUUGUUGGUUAUGAAAUCAUCGGUUCUAGCAGCACCUCUGAGCUUUUGGCUGCUGUCAUGCAGGUCUCUGGGAAGGUGAAAUCAAGUCUUAAAAAGUACUAUCUAAUAGAAGAAAACUCUUUAAGGGUAUUUGGAAAAGCUGACUGUGACAGCAUCAUCUUUGGAUUUGGUUCUGAGAAUGAUGAGUACACCCUGCCCUGCAGUGCCGGCUACGUGGGAAAUAUCACUGCCAGAUGUCACUCUUCAGCAUGGCAACUGGUCAAGGAAAUGUGUGUGCCCUCUCAGUUGGAGGAAAUGAAGAAGAAUCUCAAUGCCAUUGAAGGCAACAUCACCGAGGCAGCUGUGUUUACUGUGAUGCAAGAACUUUCUACCAUCCUUCAACAAAACCCAUCCACCACAGCUGGGAGCUUGGGAUCCAUGGUCUCAAUUCUGAGGAGUGUUUCAUCUCUGUCAUUAUCCAGCCAUGUCAAGCUGUCAACCCCAACAACAAAGAAUUUCCUAAAUAUAGUAGACCACCUCCUUAAUUCUACAACUAUAAGUAACUGGACAAUGUUGCUACAGGAAGAACGGAAUGCCAGCUCACAAUUGCUGGAGACACUGGAAGACAUUAGCAUUCUGGUUUCUUCUGAAAUUAUGCCUCUGACAUUUUCAGGAAAAUUUAUUAAUUGGGAUGGAAUUCAAGCAACAGAAAACCAGAAACAGAAGGGUUACAACUAUCACAUGGAACUCUUACAGGAAAAUAAUUCUGUGCCCAUCAGAGGGACAUUGUCAAUAGGCAAAGACCAAUUCCAGAAAUCUCUUCCCCAAACUAUCAUCAGUAUGGCCUCUUUAACUCUGGGAAGCAUACUACCCAGCAUCUCAAAGCAAAAUGCUAUAGUGAAUGGGCCAGUGAUAUCAACCAUUAUUCCAAACUAUUCAUUAGAGGAAAUUUUUCUCAUUUUUUCCAAGAUAGACUCCAACCUGAGCAAGCCAUACUGUGUGUUCUGGGAUUUCAGACACUUGGAAUGGAAUGAGGCUGGUUGCCACCUAUUGAAAGAAACUCAUGAUACUGUGAAAUGUAGAUGUACCCACUUGACCUCCUUUUCCAUGCUUAUGUCACCCUUUGUUCCUCCUACCAUCAUCCCUGUGGUAAAAUGGAUCACUUAUUUGGGCCUUAGUGUCUCCAUUGUAAGCUUGAUCCUAUGUCUUGUGAUAGAGGCUCUGUUCUGGAAGCAGGUCAAGAAAAACCAAACCUCCCAUACCCGCCACAUCUGCAUGGUGAAUGUAGCCCUGUCCCUUUUGAUAGCUGAUAUUUGGUUUAUCAUUGCAGCUACUUCUGAUACCCAGGGAAAUGGAUCAGGGGUUUGUGUAGCGGCUAUCUUUUUUACUCAUUUUUUCUAUCUGUCCUUAUUUUUUUGGAUGUUGACAUUAGGCAUCUUGAUGGUCUAUCGAAUAGUUCUGGUUUUUCAUCACAUGACUCUACCCACCAUGAUGGCCAUUGGCUUCUCCCUUGGCUAUGGUUGUCCUCUCCUUAUAACUAUCAUCACCAUUGCUGCCAGCCAACCAAGCAAUAGCUACCAAAGGAGAGAUGUGUGCUGGCUCAAUUGGUCAGAGGGUGCCAAACCACUUUUAGCAUUUGUGGUUCCAGCCCUGACUAUUGUGGCUGUGAAUCUGAUAGUUGUCCUGGUGGUCUUACUUAAACUGCGCAGACCUACCAUUGGAGAAAGACUGAACCGAGAAGACAAGGUCACUGCCAUUCGCAUUGGAAAGACAUUAGUCAUUCUAACGCCCUUGCUAGGGCUCACUUGGGGAUUUGGCAUAGGAACAAUGGUUGACAGCCACUCUCUGACUUGGCAUGUUAUAUUUGCCCUGCUCAAUGCAUUCCAGGGGUUUUUCAUCUUAUGUUUUGGAAUACUUUUUGAUAGCAAGGUUCGCCAACUUCUUUUCAAGAAGCUGUUUCCAAUAAGCUCAUCAUCAAUGCAGCCAAUGAAGAGUACAUCAGAUUUAGCAGUGGGACCUAAAUUCCUGAACACAUUUAGUCCAUUAAAUAAAACAGGUGAGUUCACAUAA